AAUAUUGUCGUAGUUUUCACAAUAUUUCUGAGAUUGGUUUGUCAUAGGUUUAAAUCAGUCUUCUAAAUAGUUGUGUGGAAUUCCAAAAUUUGUACUUACAGGUCAAAACUGUCUGUGAUCUGUGUUAUCAAAUGUGGGAUGAUUCAGUUGUUGUUGCCCCUUUUUUUUUAUUACUAUUAUUUUGAAGCUCCGCUUUAUGUAGUUGUUUAUAUCCUGCUGGAAAAUUCCACAUAAUGUUCAGCUUUUAUUAUUUUAAGGACUAUGAGGCAGAUCAUCAGGCCUUGUACUGUUGACAGAAGCUGAUUGUCCCCCAGAAAGAGUCAUUGUUUUCAGUAUUUAAAUUCUUAGAUACUUUUUAAGAAUUUUGAAUCUUCUGUGAGCUUUUUUAUGGGUGGUGUGUUGUCGCAUCAUUUUGCUUUUAGAACCUAAAACCGGUUCUGUCUUUGAGAUAACAGUUGUGUUUGUCAGUGCAUAAGUUGUAGAUCUCACUUACGUAAACAGUUUAUAGGGCUUUUCCCAAAAGCUUUCAUUAAACUUCCAGACUUUUUCUGUGACCACUGACAAAAGACAUCCUGCAAAGCUCUUACACUUAUAUAUAUAUAGCGGCUUCAAUUUGUAUGCAUCCUCCCUUAUGACACACUAAGCCCACGUAUGUUUGGCUUAGAAAAACACUUUGUCCUGGUAAUAUUAUUUCCAGGAGGAGGAAGUCCUCCUCCUUCUGUGGAAGAGGACUUUGCUCUGUUGCUCUCUGUGUUUGCUCCUGUCUGUGGCGCAGAAUGUUUACCUUCCUGUGAUUAGGAAUUAAGCUGAACUCUAAUGCCUGUUUUAAUCAGCCCCCAAAAGAUUACGUGAAAAACUAACCUCAGAACACUGGCAGAGAGGAAGGUUAUCAUUGUUAGACAAGACACUGAAUAUGUCUUUAAAAACAAACAGCAUCCAAGAGUGAGGUGCUUACAUUAACGCUUUGUUUAGCUGAUUGUUUUUAAGAGUGUGGUUAAAAUCUAGCGAGUAUGUGUGAAAACCUGUUUCUUCAUGAUGAUUGUGCCAUCCUCCAGCUGAGCUGCACAACGAAGGUUGUCACACAGGUUUUCCUCCACGCCCACAGACACAUGCUUGAAAUAAUCAGCAGGGCGUGGAAACUACCCUGCCUUUGUUUUUUUUAAUCAUUCUUCACCCGGCUCCUUCACUCAGUCUGUUGGUCUGCUGUAAAAGUGUGUGUGUGUGUGUGCGUGUGCCUUCGCUGCCGCCUCUCCGGCUUCAGCUGUGUGUACGCAUCAGUGAUCCAACGCACCAAGGAUGGCGGAGGAGUCUGUUCCAGAGGGUCCCAACCUGAAGGAGUUGAGCGAGGAGGAACUUUGGGAGCUGAUCAAUGACAACCGUCACCGGAUCUCCCUCGGGGUCCGACCGUGCAUCUUGUUCCCCUAUCUCAGGCAGGUCAAGGUUCUCACGGAGGUGGAUGAAGACGAGAUCCUUUCCCGUCACAAUCUGACUAAUCGCUGCAUGAGAACAAGCUACAUGUUGGAUCUGCUGAGGACCCAGGGAAGAAACGGAGCUAUAGCUCUGCUAGAGGGGCUGAUGAUUCAUUAUCCAGUUCUCUACACCCAAAUUACAGGACGUAAGCCCAGCACAGAGCCCUCGAGAUUCAGCGGUCUGAUUAAGUACUCAGAGCUGACAGAGUAUCUCAUCAGAGCGGUAACAGGGAUGCAGACGGAGUUGCAGGAGGCCCGCAACGAGGCUGGCAAGAUGAGCGCCCGCUGCUCCUCCCUGGAGUCGGAGGUUAGCCAGCUAAUGGAGCAGGAAGAGAAAUACAGCCACCUUCAGACUGAAAACGCAUGCUUGCAGAGACACCUGAGCUCUCUGCAGCGGGAAGUCACCAAGCUGAAGGACGAGAAGUGCGACUUGUACAUCCGCUACACUGCAAGCAUUGAGGAGAAAUCGGCUAUAAACGGGCGGCUGCAUGACCUGAACCUGCAGGUAUAUCAGCUGCAGAUGGAUCUACAGAGCAUUCAGAUGGAAAAUGAGUUCCACAAACAGCGUUCCCUCCGAAGCGUUUCUUCUUCUCAGACCCCACAGCUGCAGGACGAGGCUCAUAAGGACAUCCUGCAGCAGGACUUGGCAGAGGCAAUCGACAGUCAGGUGGAGUUGGCGGAGCAUCUGAAAAGCUACAGAGAAGAGAAUGAAAAGCUGCUCAGAGACAAACAGGGGCUCUUGAAUCAGACAGAGGCUCUGAGCCUUCAGGUGCAGCAGCUUUCUCUGGACUGUAAAAUGCAACAGCAGAAGAGCACCGUGGUCCAGAGCCAGAUGAAGGAACUUCAGGUAGAGAGGGACCAGGCCUACCAGUCCAGAGACGAAGCCCAGGCCAUGAUCGCCCGCGUCCUGGCUGAGAAGGACACGUUGAGGAGUCAGCUGGUGGAGCUGCAGGAGGCCGUCUUCACGCUCCAGGCAAAGCGCAGCCCCAGACCCCGCCUGCGGAAAUCUGGUGUGAAGGAGAUCAGCUGGGAGAGUCCAACUUCGAGCUCUGAAGAAUGUCCUGUUCCAGACCGACGGAGACUACGCCGCAUGGACGCACUUAACCCCAUGUCCCUGAGUUCCUGCACCUCAGAGUCAGAAGAUGCUGUUCCCUCCAGCAUCCGAUCCAAAGGCGUCGAACCACCAAGUCCGGAGUCUUUCCGUAGAAGACAAGAAUUUUUUUUUGAAGACAGCAGUUUGGAAACAGCAGAAACUGACUCUGUGCUGGACGACUUUGUGUUACUUUCUGAUGCAGGGAGUGAAGAUGAGCAAAAACCCAGACCUUCCUCUUUUCAUGGCUCCGGCUCCGUCUGUGACUCAAAAUCCUCAGCCCCUUCCUUCCUGGUGCGUUCUCGUCCAAAAGCCAUCCGCGUUAAUGGCCGCGUUCUUGGCCUCUCCCUCCAGUGUGAUGCCCUGCUAAGCCAGCUCUCAGUCGUGGGAGGAAACAAGUCUGGAGUGUUUGUGCACCAGGUGACUGAGGGCAGCGCAGCCCAUACUGCCGGCAUCAGCCCCGGGGCGCAGAUUGUGGAGGUCAGGUAUGAGCAAAACCACAGGGCUCUGAGGAUGGUGUUGGAGGACUCCACUCUGGAGGAAGCUACAUGGGCUCUGGGCCAGGUUACAGGUUUCUGUCAGCUGUCCCUCCGCCCCAGGCAAAACGACUACGAGGCGCUGCUGCAGCAGCUGCAGAACAGCCCGACGUCGUCAGGAGACUCCUUUUACAUCCGGGUCAAUUUAUCCCUUCCCGCUGGUGCCAGUGGGACCUUGGCCGUGUCGUGCAACAAUAUCCUACAUGUAACAAACACGAGACCUGCCGGCACCGAGGAUCUGUGGCAAGCGAGCCAAGUUCACCCGUGCCAGCUGCUGGACCUGCAGAGUGGAACAGUACCCAAUUAUUAUAGGGCCCAGAGACUUUUGAUUCAAACAAUUGAAGAUAUGAGCUUUCAGACAAAGAAUCGCCAGAAGGCUGGACGAGAAAACACCCACAGUGAACAGAAGGCAGUGAGGAUUGUCAGCACGGGGCGCCAAGGAAGGAACCCUCUGUGGGUCAGUGUGGAUGAAGAAAACGCGAACAGCACGGAGUCAGGUUCUCCGUCACCACCCAAAAGCUGUGUGACCCUCAUGCCCUACACGCUUGUUACUCCUCAUUUCCCACCAGUCUGCAGGCCCAUCCUGCUGCUGCCAACAAUACUGGGACGCAUGCUGGACAAGAAGCUGGGCAGCUGGCAGGGCUUUCAGCUCUGUGAGCCUGAGAUGUUGACCUCGAGUGAACAUGCUGCUCGUCUCCAGAGGUCGGAGAUUCUGGAGGAGGUGGAGCCUGGUGGAAACCAGUGCUACACUCUUCAAAGUGUUGAGAAAGUCAUGAAAAAGGGCCUUCACUGUGUGCUGCCAUUAGGCCUGGACUGUGUGCGUCGGCUGCACCGCUCCGAGAUCUUUCCAGUUAUUAUCUUUAUGGGCGUGUCUGCACGCAACGCACGUAAACUGAAGUCAAAGCUGCAGCGCAGCGGCCAGACGGAGGAACAGCUGCUUGCAUGUUCAAAGAGCGAGGAGCCGCUGUUGGACAAGCUGCCAUGCCUGUAUCACAGCAUGGCUCCAGACUCCUGGUGUGACCAGAACUCCCUGCUGACCAGCCUCCGCACCAUCAUAUGGGAGGAGCAGAGGAAGGUCGUCUGGGUGGAGCCGGACCUGUGGUGAAGAUAAGGGGAGGAAAAUUCUGAUUAAGAUGAUAUAUGUGUAUAUAAGAUGAAUAAGCUUUACAAGAGAUAUUUUUGUAAACAUCAGUAUGUAUCCAUGAUACUUGAAAGUGUAUAAAAUCCUGUAGGAAUGCCCAGCAUAAACUGUAUAUUAUCUUCUUCUAUUUUAGGUAUUUGUUUAUAACAAGCAUUUGUAAAAACACAAUUGUAUCAACAAGACAUUGUAUCUCCACAUUUGUUGUAGGUCAGUUCUUGUUAUGAGGGAUUGCAUCUGGUGUCGAUCUCUUUUAAACCACUACGUUUACCACUACUGCUUUUUAAAUGUCCUCUAGAGGGCAUUUUAUCUCUCUGCUCUUUAAUUCUCUUUUGCUAAAUAAAAGGUUGUUGUUAGAGUGUCAGAAGUUUAGUUUCUGUAAAUCGUCCACAGGUUGUUACCGGCCACGUUGUUCGUGCCACUCAAAGCUAAACUCUGAACUCAGAGAAAAUGUUGAACCCACUUCCUCAUUGCUUCUUCUCUCCCUUUCUCUUUCCUUUGUGCGUCAGGGAAUAUGAUACAGUGUUUUUCACUCAGUUUGACGUAAUCACUUAAAAAAAAAAAAAAAAACACAACUACUUCCUUUGUUCUCUCAGAAACCGUGCCAGACGAGAGCAUGAUUUGUAUGUGCGCCCUUUUCUCUUCUCUGCAGUCAGCCUUUUUGACAAGAGAUUAUAUUCAUCUGUUUUUUCUCCUUCUGUCUUCUUUGCCUCCCAGAGUUUCAUUCACAUUGAAAGUGUUCUUAAAUUUCUCAUACAAAAAUGGUAUCACUCUAAAUUCCUAGGGAAAAUGCCUCAAAAUUUGCCUCAAAUUUUGUUUUUGUUUUUUUUUUUAUGUUGAUUGCCAGAUCUUUUAGGCUAAAAUGUAAGGUUUCUUUAAUUUUGUGAAAGCUUUAUAGAGGUUCCUGCUGCCUUAUGCAUUUUCAAACUGAAUUCAGCCAUUUAGCUUCAGCAUAAAGCUUAGAUGUAAAUGAGAGCUUUUUAAGAGGCACAUCAACCUGUUAUAGCCCAAAUUUACAUCGCUAAGAGCAAUAAAUUAACAUCAAGAUUGUCUGUCUCUAUAGCUGUUUAUUUUUUUUAUUAAAAUAAAUAAA